UAUACUUAUUCACUGUUGAAUGAGAUUAUAGACCCAUUUCUCUGUAUUAAAUCAUAAUAAACAAAGAGCACCUAUAAUGAUCAGUAGGAAUACAAAGUUUAAUAUCAAGCACAAUGGAAAAAAAAGUAUAUGAUCAAGAUGUUCUCCACAAUACAUUUAAUUAAGCAGUGCUUAUGUGAGAUUGUUCGAAGCAAUAAUUGCCUCGUGCCAAGAGAGAGACCUGGCAACUCAGUAAACAAUUAGUACCAAGGGAGAGAAUGAAUAGCUGACUAAUAGGAGAAAAAAACGCUGCGUCAGUGGGACUGAUUUAGCUUCACCUGUCCCUUAAAGGUUGCACAGGAUAAUUGCUUAAAUCGGUGUAAUCUGCACUUAAUGUUAUAUCUAAUGGUCUGAUACUAUCUGUAUUUCUAUUUAGCUAAACUGUGGAAUAUAAAGAAUUAAUACUGAAAAAUAAACAAGCAGAUUGCUGGUCCUUCACAAUAUGCAUUUCCAUAGCAGAUUUAAGUGUUUAGUAUGAAUAAUUUAAUGAGAACAGGCUGUUAUGAACACAACAAACAACAGCGACCCACACCUGUUGAUGCCGCCGUUCAGGUCAAGAGACAGCGUUUCAUUUGCAGUUGGUCGGUGAUGUGGAAAGAAAACGUAGAAAAUGCCUGCCUCUGCAUGAACACUCAAAGCAUCAACAUAUUGGGUUAAAUUAACCUUGAGCCUGGUCAGCAAAGAUGAAACCUUCAACAAGGCUAUUUGUUUGUCAGUGCGUGCAUAUAUAAAACGCUGUGAGGAGGACCAUCAGCAGCGGUAGUCGUGUAUGUGAAGCCUUGAUGUUUCACUCGGGCUCUCACACACAUGCUUGUCACAAAGCCAUGCAGAGGAUGAUGCCAUGUCAGAGGUCCUCACUGUAGAGGCUUUUCUGUUUGGGUUCUUGGUCUUUUCUGGCAUCCUGGGAAACAUCUUGGUCAUCCAUGUGGUGUUUCAGUCGGCCGUUGAGAGUCCGUCUCGGAGACUCGCUCCCUCUGACAACAUUUUGGUGCACUUGUCACUGGCCAACCUGCUGACCUCGCUUUUCCGCACAGUGCCCAUCUUUGUGUCAGACCUGGGCCUGGAUGUGUCUCUGUCUCCGGUCUGGUGCAGAAUCUUCAUGCUGCUGUGGGUGUGGUGGCGAGCCGUGGGCUGUUGGGUGACUCUAGCACUUAGCGUCUUCCACUGCACCACCCUGAGGCGACAGCACGUAGCCUUUGGACCUCUCGCACAGCAGAAAGAGAGGCGGCGGGUGUGGAUCGUUCUGGGGCUGGUGUGGGGGGCAAACCUGGUCUUCUCAAUUCCAGCUCUCGUAUACAGCACUCAUGUUCACGGCAACUUCACUGUGGAGCUGAUGGUGAUCAGCUGCACCACCAGGCCACUCCUGGGCUGUGUCUGGGAGUUCCCCUCCAACGAACAGGGCUCAGCCUUCGCCUCCUCCUCGCUCGCGCUUAAUGAGGUGUUGCCUCUGGUGCUGAUGGUUUGCACCAACCUGGCCACGCUUCACGCUCUGGCAAAACACAUCCGAGCUGUGACCUCAGGGGGAGACUCGGGAGGAGCCCAUGGGGAGCUGGACAAACACGUGUCCACUGAACGCAAAGCAGCUCAUGUGAUCAUGUCGCUGGUGUCGCUCUUCGUGGUCUGCUGGGCGCUACAGGUUGCUGCGGUGACGUACUACAACCACGAUGGGGGACACCAUGCUGAAGGACUGCUGACUGUGGCCCACUUCUCUGCCUCGCUGUUUGUAGGUUUCAGUCCCAUGGUGGUGGCCCUGGGACAUGGCAAGCUGAGGAGGAGGAUCAUGAGUAUGAUCCUGAUGUGGGCUAAAGUUCUUAAAUGUCACAGGGAGGACACUAAAGACGGGGGUAAAUCCCCAAAGACUAAAGGAAAGAAGGGAAAACAAACAGUUUCUAUUGUUCAAAAAGAGACAAAGGUCAUAAAAGUGAAGGAGAAAGUUCAAGCAAACAAAUGAUGGAAGCAAAGUGUGACUGCAUUGAUACGAAAAUUACUGAAAAA